CUCCGACGCCAUAUUUACUGCGGUUUUGGGGGAACUGGACAUCUGAAGUUGGCGGUUGGGAUGUACCUGUGCCGCAGACCCGGGGGACGAGCGGCGGCGGCGGCGGCUCUGUCGCUGCUCAGCGGCAGGUGCAGGAGCGCGGCCCCGCGGGGUCAGCGCGCCGGGAGGGCCGUGACCGUCCACCUCCUCCCCAGCGCCAAGUGUCUGUUUGAUGACCCGCUCCAGAUCCGGGCGGACGGUCUCUCUCCGCUCCAACAGGUCACGAUGAAGGCUUCGCUCACGGACGAGAAGGGGGAGACCUUCGAAUCGUUCGCCUACUACGAGGCUGACGAGCGGGGAGAGCUGGACCUGUCCCGGUCCCCGUCCCUGGGUGGACACUACUCCGGGAUUGAGCCCAUGGGGCUGUUCUGGUCACUCAUACCCAGGACGCCAUUCACCCGCCUGGUGAAGAGGGACGUGGCCAACUCUCCGCUGUGCGUAGACAUCGAGGUGUUCGAUGGCCACCGGAGCCGAGAGCAGCAGCUCGACCAGUCUUUGGCGAAGGGCACCAACGAGCGGUGGUUUAUGAGGGAAGGAGUGAAGAGGAUCCCAGUGAGAGAGGGCAACAUCAGAGGGACUCUCUUCGUGCCACCCGGUGAUGGUCCAUUUCCAGGGGUUGUUGAUAUGUAUGGGUCAGUCGGUGGGCUAAUUGAACACAGGGCUUGUCUAUUUGCAAAUCAUGGAUUUGUUACACUGGCUUUAGGCUAUUUUGGCUAUGAUGAUCUUCCAAAGGAAAUUAAUGACUUCAAUCUGGAAUAUUUUGAGGAAGCUGUGAAUUUCUUGAGGCAGUAUCCAAAGGUUAGAGGCCCUGGAGUUGGAGCUAUAGGAACAUCUAAAGGAGCUGAUCUAGUUCUAUCAAUGAUCACUUUUAUACCACAUGUGGUGGCUGCUAUUUCUAUUGGUGGAUGUAAUGCAAACACUUUAGGAAAUUUGCAUUAUAAAAGCAUGACACUUCCGGGCUUGGGUUUUUCCGCUGAGCGGAUAAGAUUUACCAGUUCAAAUAUUAUUGAUAUCUCGGAUUCAAUGGAUGAUCCCAUGGAUGAAGCCAAUAAAGACUGUGUCAUCCCAAUAGAAAAAGCGGAGGGGCACUUUUUGUUUGUUGUUGGCGAAGAUGAUAAGAAUUGGCAAACUGCAUGUUAUGCUGAGCAAGCUGCAAAUCAGCUCAAAGGAAGUGGCAAAAACAACUAUGAAAUUCUCACUUAUCCGGGGGCUGGGCACCUCAUAGAACCUCCAUAUUUUCCAUUCUGCAAUGCCUCUUAUCAUCGGUUGGCAAGGCAUGUUGUGUUGUGGGGAGGGAAAAUGGAGCCACAUUCACGGGCUCAGGAGGACUUUGGUCAAAGACUAUGGCAUUUUUAUUGAAACAUCUCAACAAGCAGAUGAGUAAACUAUGAGUAAACUGAAUUGAGUUAUGUUUUGUACUUAUUGACCUGUCAGCUCCCUCUGCUCAGCUGACUCUGUGAAAGGUGCUAUGCAAAUAUAAUUUGUUCUACACUAUCAGUUCAUAUAAGUUGAAUCGUGUUACUGUGCCUUAAUCUUAAUAAAAUCCACUAGCAUCC